GUUGUUGCAAACUACGUCCAUGACUUGACAGUGGACAAGAUGUCCAUAUGGUCAGGGGACAAUCUUAGGACUUAUUUUUCAUUCGUAGUUGUCGCCUUCUUUCUGACGUUCGUGUUUGUUGACGGAGUCCUCCAAGAGAUCACAGAAAAUCGUACUUCCAAGCAAAAGAUUGACUUCCCGGACUUUAGUCACUAUAAUGGAAAUUUUGUAAACAACAUUCCCGACAGUUUACUUCCCAUAGACGACCGGGGAAAACGCAUAAUCGCAAUCGGAGACAUACAUGGCAUGAAUAGCUCGUUGACGGAUUUACUUGACGAGAUACACUACGACUCGGAAAGAGAUUCGCUUAUUCACGUUGGAGACCUGGUGACGAGGGCGACUAUUCACGACUCCAUUGACGUAUUGUCGUUCAUGUCAUCCAACAGAAUCUUGGGCGUCAGAGGAAACAAUGAUCAAAAAGUGAUCGAAUGGCGCGCUUGGAUGAAUUGGAUACUAUCUCUUCCGGGAGGUCAAGAAUGGCUUUCUGUCAUGGACAAGCGAUGGCCUAACCUCGACGGAGAUAAGCGACUCCAGAGAGCAGAGCUUGAAAAAUGGGUCGAGACGAGCAAGUACGCAAGCUGGAAGAAGAUGGUGCCUGCUGGCUGGUAUCCAUUGGGUAAACAUUACAGGGUCGCUCGUGCCAUGUCUCCCGGACUCUUCGAAUAUCUAAGUUCGUUGCCUCUUGUGCUUCAUUCUCCAACUGGCCAUAUGGUCUUCGUCCACGCCGGUCUGUUAUCUUCCCACCCGAAGCUCCAGGCUUCCGACCCUAGACAGCCUCUUUCGCAUUGGCCUACCAUGGAUGGCCAACAUGACAUUGCAAAGCUGCGUGACCAACAGGAGCUUGCAGUCCUCACAGAAAUUCCAGAAAACAAAGAUUCAUGGACCGUAACGAACAUCAAAAGUGUCACGGAUAAGGGACUCGUGUCUCCCAGUCCGCGAAAGGGAACUCCCUGGUCCCAACUGUGGAACGAUACAAUGUCAAAGUGUUCAGGACAUUCGGGUGAAGCGUACCAGCCAACCUCGCUUCCAUGUUAUCCGUUUACUGUCAUCUACGGACAUGCUGCAAGCCGUGGGUUAGACAUCAAGCGGUGGUCGAUUGGCCUAGACUCUGGUUGUUCGUACGCCGGAGGUUGUCAGCUGUUGUCCUCGACGAAAGCUCUUUCUCUUUUGCUGCAUACCAAUUCAGAGACAACAUACGUGUACGAGCCCCUCAAUCACAAGAAAUCGACUUCGGAGACAAUGGACAAGCGCGCAUCGUUAGCGUAUCAUGUGCAUAAUUAUCUUACCAAUUCUUCGUUCAGCUUUCUUCCUUAGCGAAGUAAAGGCCCGACGAGUGUAAAUCAUAUCAUAUUGAACGCCUCCCAUGUUACACACUAUUACUAGUUAAUACAUGCACAGUCUUGG